AGACGGUAUAAAAGCGAAUAAAAUUAGUUCUUGCUGUUCGGCAACAUGACUAAAAGCGGAGCUGAGUGGAGCUGGCGGUCAGCGCUCGGGUUGUUGGUGUUGGUUUGUGUGCUGGAGGUCAGUGUGUGUCAGCACUGGUCAUACGGUUGGCUGCCUGGAGGAAAAAGGAGUGUUGGAGAACUGGAGGCAACUUUCCGAAUGAUGGACGCUGGUGAUGCUGUUGUGGCUUUGCCCCUGGAGUCUCCACUGCAGCAGAUAACUCCGCUGCAAACUAUGAAUGAGGAAGACUCUGAAGCUCUUAAGAGGAAAAUAAUUUCCUUCAGAAGACGAGGAAGAGCAGAAUAACCUCACACUCACUCUCUCUCAGUGCUGAAUCUGAAUUAAACUCUUUUAUUCCUCCA